UGCCAGACAUGGCCAAGGAGAAGCCCGCCAGAGCGCCCGCCGAGGCUUCCAAGGCGGACAAGUCCGCCGCACCAGCAGAAGCCAAAGAGAGCGGCAGGAAGAGGCCACUGUGCAGGUUGUACUGCAAGGCGGUGUUUGUUGGAUACCGGAGGGGCCUGCGCAACCAGCACGAGCACACAUCCCUGCUCAAGAUUGAGGGUGUUGACGCACGCCGGGACACAGGUUUCUACCUUGGGAAGCGUGCUGUCUUUGUCUACACUGCGAAGAACAAGACGCGGGUGCCUGGCCGCAAGAAGCAGUACUCCAAGGUGCGGGCCAUCUGGGGCAAGGUGACGCGCGCUCACGGCAACAGCGGCAUCGUGCGUGCCAAGUUCCGACGCAACCUCCCCGCAGCCGCCAUGGGACGGCGGGUGCGCAUCAUGCUCUAUCCGUCUCGCAUCUAGGCGACAAUAAACAAGGAUCAUCUCA